AUGCGCGUAUCGAAUGAUUUGUUUACGACGUUGUCGGGAACUACAAGUGGUGGAAAUUUGUUAGCAUCAAAUUUACGCAGCAUUACAUUGGAUAAUGAAGCCAAGAAGGCUAAAUUAGAUUGUUCAGUGAAUUUGUUAGCAACAACCGGUGGAGGAAUGGUAUUACCGCCCACGCAGCAGCAACUUCUUUCCGCUGUUGCAUUUGCUAAUGGCGCGCAAUUUUUGCAAAAUUCGGCUCUUUUUGGCCAAGCAUUCACUAUCACUAACAAUUCAAUGGCUGCUACAACAUCAGCUAAUGGCAAUGGUAGGCAAUAUAUUUCACGUGUGGUACACCUUCGAAAUAUACCAUCUGAUAUGACCGAUUUGGAAUUGGUUCAUUUUUGUAUGCCUUAUGGAAAAUUAGUCAAUUAUUUAUUACUUAAAGGAAAGAAUCAGGCAUUUGUGGAAUAUGAGGAUGAACGAAGUGCUCAAACUUUGGUUACUGUUAAUAUAGCAUGUCCAGUAGCUAUUCGUGAUAGGACAAUAUUUUGUCAAUUUUCAACUCAUCAAGAAUUAAAAACAAGCUCUCGUGCUCGCGCUGGUAGCAAUGGCUCUAAUCUUAUCACCGAUCAAGAUGACAAUGAACUCAAGAUUAAUUUUUUGCAAGAAAUAGGGAAACGGAAACAAAUGAAAUAA